CUUUUUUUCAUUUCCCUUUUUUUUUGUUUUAGACCGACGGUAUUUUAACCGUGUAGCUGCCGUGAGAGCAGCAGUUGCUUUCCGUUCGUAGUCGCUCUUCGUUUUCAGUUUUGUUUCGUGUCCGACCGACCGCAGAAAUGGAUCAGAAGGAAGAGAAAUUAGAUGUGAUCAUCUUUGGAGCCAGUGGGUUCACCGGAAAAUACACCAUCUUCGAAGGCAUCAAGCUACUCGAGGGUCUGCGUUGGGGUAUCGCCGGUCGUAGCCGGGAUAAGGUGCGCCAGGUUUUGGCUGAGAUCGAGAAGAAGGCGGACAAGGAUUUAUCGGAAGUGCCGAUCGUAACAGCGGACCUCAAGGAUACCGACUCCCUGAAGCGUAUGGCCGAACGGUGCAAGGUGCUGAUCAACUGCUGCGGACCGUAUCGCUUCUACGGUGAGCCCGUCAUCAAAGCGUGCAUUGAAGCUGGCACCCACCAUGUGGACGUCAGUGGUGAACCCCAGUACAUGGAGCGGAUGCAGUUGGAGUACCAUCAGAAGGCGCAGGAACGCGGCAUCUAUAUCGUUUCCGCAUGCGGCUUCGAUUCUAUUCCGGCCGACAUGGGUACCGUGUUUCUCGAGCGCCAGUUUGACGGUGUUGUCAACUCGGUCGAAACGUACAUGAAGUUUUCGUCCAAGAUUCCCUUUGAGGGUGGCGCCGUGCUGCACUACGGUACCUGGGAGUCGGCCAUCUACGGGCUUGCCCACGCGAACGAGUUGCGCGGUUUGCGAACGCAGCUUUACAAAACGCGCCUGCCGAACUUUCAGCCACGACUCAAGAAUCGUCCCGUUCUGCACAAGUCCAGUAUCGUCGACGGGUGGUGGGGCAUUCCAUUCCCAGGUUCGGACCGCUCGGUUGUGAUGCGUUCGCAACGUUACUUUUAUGACGUCGAAAAGAAACGUCCGAUCCAAAUGAAGGCGUACAUAGCAUUUGAAUCCCUGCUGCAUGUGCUGGGAGUUGCUCUCGUUGCAGCCAUCUUCAGCAUAUUAAGCCGUUUUAAGUUCGGACGACAGUUACUUUUGAAGUUCCCAAAACUGUUCUCCUUUGGGUUCUGCUCGCACGAGGGUCCAUCGGAAAAAGCGAUGGAAAAUACCGAAUUCGCAAUUUUGUUCAAGGGUGUAGGCUGGGACAAAGAGGAGAAGCUGCUGGAGCCAAAUGAUCAGUACAAGAGUCCCCCGACAAAGAAGAUUGUCACCAAGGUUACGGGCACCAACCCAGGCUAUGGCGCCACAUGUGUAUCGCUCAUUCUAUCCGCCACAACCAUUUUGCGUGAAGCUGAUAAAAUGCCCGGAUCUGGUGGUGUGUAUCCCCCCGGUGCUGCGUACGCUAAAACGAGCCUGAUCGAGCAACUUUGCAAAAAUGGAUUUACUUUCGAAGUCGUAAAGGGUGCAAACUAAAACGAUGUGAUCAUACCAAUUUUGUGAUAUUUGGAGAUGAAGCGUUGCACAGGGAAGAGAGUAACAUAUUCGCAAGCCGAUUAAUUUAACUAAGUGCAAUGGAAUAUAUUUGGUGUUGAUCAUAAUAUUUGUCAUUUUAAAUAAAGCCUUCAGAUGGAACGAAAGACUUACAUUAAA